AUGAGUGUGGAAGUCAACUCUGCAGAGGAUAGCAUCUCAAAGCAACAAACACACGCUGAAGAGCUAAUUUCAUCACUGCCACUUGUUAGAUACCUUCGGUCUUGUCCAUCCACGACUGAGAGCGGCUUUGACACAGGAUAUAAGGAGUUUCGCCUGCACAGCAACAAGCGCCCAGACACAUUCUCAAGACACCUCGUUGCAGGCUCACUAUUCGGUGAACAAAAACUACCUAUAUAUCCAAGGUUAUUUAUGCAAAAGGAUCCAAAGCCACGAAUCGUUGCUCUGUUUUACAUUGGCAGCCACCUUUGUGGCCAUCCGGGAUAUGUCCAUGGUGGUCUACCAUUCGUGCUCUUCGAUGAUAUCUUCGCUCUCUGUGCCGGCAUGGGCUUCAACAGCGGCGUUGCGAUGACGGCAAAUAUGAACAUCAACUUUCGGAAGCCCUGUCUUCCAGAGAGUCUGUGCAUAAUUCGCGCGGAAGUAGUCAAGCAGCAAGGCCGCAAGGCCUGGGUUGAAGGCUCAAUACGAAGCUUCGAUCAGUUCAGUACUGGAGAUAUGAGUGCUCUUGCAAUGGCAAAGGACGCUGGUUUGAGUACGGAAGAGUUGAACGCAGCGCUUGUAGCUGAGGCGACCUCAGUGUUUGUAGAGCCCAAGUUUGCAGACUCGAUGAUUUCACUUUUGGGCACCCAUUAG